AUGGGCAUCAUCAGGUACCAUUGGGAGACCUUUGAAUUUGAGGAGAGCGAGUUCACCACCUCCGAACCUUCACAAUACUAUGGGUUCAAGCCAACUGAUGAAAUCGAGAAUGCGUGGAAUGAACUGCUCCCUGAACACCCCAUCUCAAUCCCUGACUCCCGCCUUCGAGACCUCGGACUUUUCGGUGCCGUGAACGAUUCAGCCUGGAUUCGAGAUCCACAUAACAACAACAACAUCCUCGCGCUGCCGGAAUACUCAGUACAACUGGGUUGCUUGAACUUCCUGCGCCAGCUGGGCCAUCGGGCUGACCGCGACUUCACGCAUCUGGCGGCUUUCCAGGGCAGUGACUCGCUGGUUUGGGAGCGAGCAUAUCAGUGCAUAGAGCGGCUGCGGAAAGCCGUCAUGUGCUGGGGGGAUGUCGGCUCCAUCCUCCUCCAUCACGGCGGAAACACUACUGCCUCUGGACAUGACGAUACCGUGUUCGACUUUGGAACUCUCCACUACUGUCGCAACUUUGAGAGUAUAGUCGAGUGGACAAGAGAAAAUGGCGUUAAGAGUGUCACAAUGGAUAAUCUAUGGUGGGGUGAGUAG